AUGCUUUUCCUUACAUUAAUUUGUAUAUUUUUAUGUGCUGCUGCUGGAAGUUCUUCAGACUAUUAUGAACUGUUAGGAAUCUCGAAGGAUGCGGAUAAUCGAGAAAUUAGGAAAGCUUUCAAGAAGUUAGCCCUCAAAUUUCAUCCCGAUAAAAACAAGGACAAAGACUCCCAAGAUAAGUUUAUAAGCAUAAAUAAAGCAUAUGAAGUUUUAAAAGAUGAAGAAACUAGAAAAAAGUAUGAUCUUUAUGGAGAAGAUGGGCUUAAAGAAGAUUUUGGACAAUCCUGGAAGGGAAAUUAUCGGAGCUGGAAUUAUUACUAUGAAAGUUUUGGAAUAUAUGAUGAUGAUCCAGAAAUCAUAACAUUUAGCAGAAAUGAUUUUCAUCAGUCUGUUCUUGAUUCAUCUGACAUUUGGUUUAUCAAUUUUUACUCUCCUCAGUGCUCACACUGCCAUCAUUUAGCUCCUGCAUGGAGAGAAUUAGCUCGGGAAUUAAAAGGUGUGAUUCGAAUUGGUGCUGUUAAUUGUGAAGAAGAUUGGGGUCUGUGUCGUGCACGGAACAUUUACUCCUACCCAUCUUUAAUGUUUUAUCCCAAUGAUGAAAAGUAUCAUGGUUCUAAAGAAACAGAAGCUAUGAUAGAAUAUGUUUUGCAGAAACUACCAAAUCAUGUUAUCAAGUUAACAUCAUCCAAUUUUCUUAAAAAGACCACAGCUACAGAAAAUUCAAAGAAGCCAUGGUUAAUAUUUGUUUGCAAAGGCUUCGAUUGUGUGAAUAAAGAAGAUUUGAAAAAGCUGGGAAUUAUGCUGGCAAAUUUAGUUAAUGUUGCUGAAGUAAAUCCUAAAGCUGAUGAAAAUAUUUGUAGUCUCCUUAACUGUGAAGCUUCUGUUACUUACUAUAAAUCCCUCAACUUGCCAGUUGCUGAACAACGUAGUCAAGUUCUUGAAGAGACAGAAAUUCAGGACAUUUCAAAAAAAGUUCUAGAAUUACUUCCAGAAGCUACUGUUCUUUCUGAUACAGAGUUUGAAGAAAUAAGAAGCAAUUUAAAGAAAAAGGACUCUACUCCAUGGCUGAUAUGUUUUACAAACAGUAAGGGGGACUUUUCUGAAAAUAACUUGGACUUGAAACGUCUUGGAGGGUUUCUUUCAGAUGUCAAUGUUGGUCAGUUGGAUUGCUUCAACUUCCAGUCAGUUUGUUCAUCUUUGUAUGUUAAAAAAUAUCCUGCAUACAUUCUAUUCAAAUCUGAUGAUAGUUAUGAGUAUCAUUAUGGGAGGCUAACAGUUUACGAUGUUGCUAAAUUUGCCCGUGAAGCAUUAUCUAGCCAGGUACAUACACUGACACCUCAGCAUUUCCCCAACAUAGUAGAUUCUGAUGAAACAUGGUUUAUUGACUUUUUUGCUCCUUGGUGUCCCCCCUGCAUGCAACUUCUUCCUGAGUGGCGAAAAGCAUCCUAUUCUUCUGGUCACUUUGUAAAGUUUGGAACUGUUGACUGUACUACUCAUGAAGUACUUUGCCGACAGUACAAAAUCAAUUCAUUCCCAACUACUGUACUGUAUAAUCGAUCUGUUCCACAUCAGUUUCGAGGAGCUCAUUCAAGGAAAAAGAUAGAAGAAUUUAUACAGGACAUUUUACAUCCGUCUGUUAUAUCUUUGACACCUGCAUCUUUUGAAAGAAAUAUGAAGGAAAAUACAGAUGAUGCAUGGGUUAUUGAUUUUUAUGCACCAUGGUGUGGCCCUUGCCAACAACUUGCUCCUGAAUGGCGGAAAUUAGCCAAGAGGCUGUCGAAAAGAACUUCUAUACAUGUUGCAGAUAUAGAUUGUCAAGCACAUCGUACCUUUUGUGUUUCUGUUGGAGUGAAUAGCUAUCCAACUAUAAGAUUUUAUCCUGUUGGCAGAGGGAGUGAAAAUAAAUUUUUUUUAUAUAAUGGCUGGAAUCGAGAUGCUGACUCUCUUCAAGGUUGGAUCUUUCAAUAUCUACCAUCUAAUGUAGUUUCAUUGAAUGAAAAAGAAUUUGACAGAGUUCUCCUAGAUACUAAACCGUGGCUGAUUGAUUUCUAUGCUCCAUGGUGUGGUCAUUGCAAUAUUUUUGCUCCAAAAUUUGAAGAGGUUUCCACGGUAUUGAAAGGCAAAGUUAAAACAGGUAAAAUAAAUUGUGAUGAGCAAAGAAAUGCAUGCAAUCGUGCAUCUGUUCGAGCCUACCCUACAGUAUUGUUAUACAGAGGGAAAGCAAGUCACAGAUCACAAAAUCCCUAUGAAGGUAUAGAGCUUGUAAAUUUAACUCCCCAAGAAAUUAUUAGCUUUCUUGAAAGAACAUUACAGCUUAAUAUUGCGGAGAAACGUCUGAAGGAUGAAUUAUGAGAAUUCUGUUUUAUAGUUCAAAUUUAAAACUGUCAGUUCUAAAAAGUUGAUGUUGGUCUCAUCAUUUUUCCAUUUUAAUAUUCUUCUGCUAUUGUGAUAUUUUCUGUACUUGACUCAUGUUUUUAAAUUUACAGAAUUGGUUCAUUUUAACGGUUUUUCCUUUUGUGAAUUUUGUAAUAAAAGAAAAUUUUAUGCAUUAAAAAAAUGGAUAUCUAGAAUAUAUUUUUGAAUAAUAUUAUUAUUUAUAGUUUUAAAUAUAACUUAGCUUUAUGUCACAGCAUAAAUUAUUUACAUUAUUUAUGUGUCAUACAUGUAUCACCUAUAUUGUGGCAUCUAAUUUUUGAAAAGUGUGCCAAACUUAAAUUGGUUAUUGGUAAUUAAUAGUACUUAUAAACUAAAUUUUAACUUUUUAAAUAUUUGAUAACGAUCAUGUAUUCUUUACUCCAUUUAUUUUAUACAAUUUUAUAAGCAGCAUUGUUAUGUGACUACUAAUUAUUAUCGAUAUUGCACUCAUUGCUUUUUCUGCAUCAAUAUGUUUUGCAUCACAGCAAUGUUUUUUUAAAAAAACUAAAUAUGAUUUUUUUAAUAUCUCCCCUUUUCAUUCUAUUUCAUUUGAUUCUGUCAUAGAUUAUUCUGAUGAAAGAGUAAUCAUUCAUGAUGCAAAAAUAAAUAAAUAAAUAAAGACACUUAUAGAUACAUAGCAAAUACAAGUUUACAUAAAUUUUAUUUAUAAUGUGAAUAAAAUUAUAUAAAAUUUAUUCACAAAUAUAAGUUUGUUGUAACAGUUCUGUUUUUUAAAACAUGUGCAUUCUUAUUUCUGUCAGAAGAAUUCUACUGUGCAAUAAUAUCUGUUUCUAAACUAAACAGUUUCAGACAAUUAUAAAGAUACAAAACGUUGCAUUGUGAGAUAUAUUAUCCUCCUAUUCCAAAAGCUGCAGAAAAAUAAUUUUGAUUCUUUUGUAGUUUUACCAACAAAAUGGGAAAGACAGAAAAUUUUAUUUAUUUAUUUUUAAAUAUUCUAAAGUAUUUUAAUUGUUGGACUUUUCACUCAAAUUUAUAAACUUUAAAUAUUUUCUUUGACAUGCUGAGAUUUUCC